UUACAAAAGGCCGUGCAACCCAGCUGGGCAGCGUUUUUCAAGUCCUUCACAACAAUAAUCUGUGAAAACUAUGAACGCCCUCCGCGGACUGAGCAAAUUUGCCCAACAAUCGUUACGAAGAAAUGUUUGUACAACAUUGGCCUGCCGGUCCACUUACGAAAGCGAUGGCAAAACCUCGGUUACCAUACUGAACAAGGAGGCGGAUGCCGGGCUGAUGAUCAAUUCCUACAGCCAAUUCGGAUUUCGCCUAAACAACGAUAUGGUCGUCAUAGGUCCAAUGGCUAUUUUUUCCCGGACCGUGCUCUCCUGGAACGUGGAGAGCCACGAAGAUAUCAACGAUGAGUCGCUUAGUUUGUUCUGUGCCAUUGAGCCAAAAAUCGACGUUUUAGUCGUAGGAAUCGGUGACCAUACUAUCACGCCAUCAUUUUCGAAAAAGAUUAUCGAUUUUAUGAAAAGGUACCGCAUUAAUGUGGAGGUUCUCGGCACGGAGCAAGCUUGUUCGACUUUCAAUUUUUUGAACGCUGAGAAUCGGGUCGUCGCUGCCGCAUUGAUACCCCCAAUCACGAUGCGAGUGAAUGAGGAUGACCUUAUGCAGAAACAGAUAGCAAUAAGCAGAACGUUUGAAGUUUCCGAUAAAUAAAUCGACUAACAUGUAAUGUAGCACAGGAUAAGGUACUGUACAUAAUAAAUUUGAACUUUGUUAAAGUGUA